UCGUUUAUGCGUUAUUGCGAUUUGUGAUUCCAAAUUUUAAAUACUAAAAGUUGAUUAUUUUGUCAUUUCAUUGUUGUUUUGCUUUACAAGUCAAGUGAUUUAUUUUCAAAAAAUUUUGUUUUCUCGCUCGACAAACUCCACAAAUUUUUUUUUAAUAUGAGCGAAAGCGAAAAUACUAAACCGAAUGAUGACAAUGAUCGUCCACGAAUCCAACGUACAACAGUCUCACGAAACGAAAUGCAAAAAUUGAGAGAACAAGCACGUACAAGAUCGCAACAGAUAUCAAAUGCAAGUGAUCGUCAACCUGAACGAGCUUUAUCACGACCAAGCGUUUUAGAACGAAUGAUACCUAAAGAUCCACCAAUGUCACGAUUACAACGAUAUCGCAUGUCCAGAAAAACGGCAAAAGAUCCCAAAAUGGGUGCAACAGAUUCAGAACCGGUUGAUGAUUCGACAUCGAAUAUGAGAAUGAAUGAUGGUUUUAAUCUUAAAUACGCAUAUCCACGAGCUCAACGAAAUCUAAUUAAAACAAUUGAAAUCGAAUAUCUGCCACCCGGUGGUAAGGAUUUGGAAUCAACAACCACAACCAUCGUUAAGCGACCAUUUUUUAUGGUCGGUGAAGAUAGUAGCUUAGAAGAACGUAUAGCUAAAUUACCAAAAAUUGGUGAAAAAAUUCAAGAGGAAUAUCAAACAGAAAAAAAUUAUCUAAUAACUCGACGUAAUAUUACGGAAGAUGGAAUGUGGAUCGAAGAGGUAACACGUAAUACCAUUAUCACCAAGAUUCAGAUUACGGAAUUGAUAAGCAAGAAAUUCAUCAAAAUGGAUCGUGAUGAAGCUCGCCGUCUAAUGGAACGUGAAUUAGCUGAAAGAGAAGCCCGUGAAGCGAUUCCAAAAGUUAUUUCGCCAACAAUGCAACGUCCAUAUGUGGAAUUGUUGCAGCAACGACAAGCUGCCGCUGCCGCAACAAGUCAUGAACUAUUGCCAGAAGAACCAUCAACAGUUGGUCGUGAACCAAGUUUGGGUUUGCCAAUUCAACCAGGUAGAGGGCCAGUAGAAAGUGGAAUAUCUGGUUUAGAUGCUGCAUCGGCUGGUCUUGGACGGGAACCUUCAACUAGAGAGCCAAGUGUCGACACCGGUAUAACAGGUUUGGAACGUGAACCCACAACCAGAACGCCUACCGAUUUGAUUGGAGGAAUUUCAGCUCAAGGAAGAGAGCCGUCAGAAUUUGGACGUGAACCAACAUCUCGUGAACCAAGUGCCACAGCUGGAGGGGGUGUAAUUGCACCCGGUACGGACGGUGGAUUACCACAGGCCAUGAUAGAUCAAACAGCUAGAGAGCAACAAUUUCCUAGUGAUUUAGUAGGAAGACUGGAUGCACAAGGAAGAGAGCCAUCAGCAUUUGGACGUGAACCAACAUCUCGUGAACCAAGUGCCACAGCUGGAGGGGGUGUAAUUGCACCGGGAAUAGAAACAUUGGGACUGGAACCAACAAGUCGAGAUCAGGCUGAAUCAUUUCAAGAUGGAAAGUCAUUAUUAGAUCCUAGCGGAACUAGACGAGAGUCAAGCAUGUUUCCAGUUCCAACAGUUACAGCCCUUGAACCAGGUUCAGCAUUAGGCCGUGAACCAUCAGCCCGUGAACCUAGUGGAAUGGCCGCUGGUGUAUCAGCUCCAGGAAUGGAAACAACAUCCGGAUUGGGCCGUGAACCAUCUGCACGGGAACCUAGUGGACUUGAAGCUGGUGUAUCAGCUCCAGGAAUGGAAGCAACAUCCGGAUUGCGUCGUGAACCAUCAGCCCGUGAACCGAGUGGACUUGCAGCUGGUGUUUCCGCUCCAGGAAUGGAAACAGCAUCCGGAUUGGGUCGUGAACCUUCGGCGAGAGAACCGAGUGGACUGGCAGCUGGUGUUUCCGCUCCAGGAAUGGAAACAACAUCCGGAUUGGGCCGUGGACCAUCAGCGCGGGAAACCAGUGGUAUUGAUUUUGAAGUGACUGCUCCUGGAAUGGAAACAUCCGGAUUGGGUCGUGAACCAUCAGCGAGAGAACCAAGUGGACUGGCAGCUGGUGUAUCCGCUCCAGGAAUGGAAGCAUCAGCUUUGGGGCGAGAAUUGUCAGUAACACCGGAUUAUGGAACUGGAAGGGAAUUUGAUAUUGAUAUUGAAAUUCGUCGAAAAAAAGAAAGUUUUCCAACUGAUCAAGAAUUUUCACUUGAAAAAGACCAAAGCCGAUUAGCAGGAGGAAUUUCAACAUCUGAAAUGGGAACACCUUCAACACUUGGACGCGAGCCUACAACUCAACAAUUUGGAGAACAAGAUACUGGAACAACAACAAUUGGACGUGAGCCAUCAGCUCGUGAACCUAGCGGACUUGCAGCUGGUGUAUCCGCUCCAGGAAUGGAAACAGCAUCCGGGUUGGGUAGGGAACCAUCCGCACGUGAACCUAGUGGACUUGCAGCUGGUUUUUCCGCUCCAGGAAUGGAAACAACAUCCGGAUUGGGCCGUGAACCAUCAGCCCGUGAACCGAGUGGAUUGGCCGCUGGUGUAUCCGCUCCAGGAAUGGAAACAACAUCCGGAUUGGGUCGUGAACCAUCAGCACGAGAACCGAGUGGACUGGCAGCUGGUGUAUCCGCUCCAGGAAUGGAAACAGCAUCCGGAUUGGGUCGUGAACCAUCAGCGAGAGAACCUGAUGCAGCGAUAAUGCAACAACAAACUGAUUUGACAGGAGGAAUUUCAGCUCCGGGCAUGGAGCCGUCAACAUUAGGACGCGAAACUUCAGAACAAGAUGGAAGAAGAGGAAUAAUAGGCCGAGAUUUAGAUAUCGAGAUUGAAAUUAGAAAAAAACGUGAUACUGCAGAAUUGGGUGAGCAAUCGACAAUUGGCCGUGAACCAUCAGCGAGAGAACCGAGUGGACUGGCAGCUGGAGUUUCCGCUCCAGGAAUGGAAACAGCAUCCGGAUUGGGUCGUGAACCAUCCGCACGUGAACCUAGUGGACUGGCAGCAGGUGUAUCUGCUCCAGGAAUGGAAGCAGCAUCCGGAUUGGGUCGUGAACCAUCCGCACGUGAACCUAGUGGACUGGCUGCUGGUGUUUCCGCUCCAGGAAUGGAAACAGCAUCCGGAAUGGGUCGGGAACCGACUGGAGCAGAAUUAGGUCGUGAACCAUCAGCGCGGGAACCUAGUGGACUGGCAGCUGGUGUUUCCGCACCAGGAAUGGAAACUGCAUCCGGAUUGGGUCGUGAACCAUCAGCGCGGGAACCGAGUGGACUGGCAGCUGGUGUAUCUGCUCCAGGAAUGGAAACAGCAUCCGGAUUGGGUCGUGAACCAUCAGCGAGAGAACCUAGUGGAAUGGCCGCUGGUGUAUCUGCUCCAGGAAUGGAAACUGCAUCCGGAUUGGGUCGUGAACCAUCAGCGAGAGAACCGAGUGGACUUGCAGCUGGUGUAUCCGCUCCAGGAAUAGAAACAGCAUCCGGAAUGGGUCGGGAACCAUCAGCGAGAGAACCGAGUGGACUGGCAGCUGGUGUAUCUGCUCCAGGAAUGGAAACAGCAUCCGGAAUGGGUCGGGAACCUACUGGAGCAGAAUUAGGUCGUGAACCAUCAGCGAGAGAACCGAGUGGACUGGCAGCUGGUGUAUCUGCUCCAGGAAUGGAAACAGCAUCCGGAUUUUGUCGUGAACCAUCAGCGCGGGAACCGAGUGGAUUGGCGGCUGGUGUUUCCGCUCCAGGAAUGGAAACAGCAUCCGGAUUGGGUAGGGAACCAUCCGCACGAGAACCGAGUGGACUGGCAGCUGGUGUAUCCGCUCCAGGAAUGGAAACAACAUCCGGAUUGGGUAGGGAACCAUCGGCGAGAGAACCUGAUGCAGCGAUAAUGCAACAACAAACUGAUUUGACAGGAGGAAUUUCAGCUCCGGGCAUGGAGCCGUCAGCAUUAGGACGCGAAACUUCAGAACAAGAUGGAAGACGAGGAAUAAUAGGCCGAGAUUUAGAUAUCGAGAUUGAAAUUAGAAAAAAACGUGAUACUGCAGAAUUGGGUGAACAAUCGACAAUUGGCCGUGAACCAUCCGCACGUGAACCUAGUGGACUUGCAGCUGGUGUAUCCACUCCAGGAAUAGAAACAGUAUCCGGAUUGGGUCGUGAACCAUCAACACGAGAACCGAGUGGGCUCGCAGCUGGUGUAUCUGCUCCAGGAAUGGAAACUGCAUCCGGAUUGGGUCGUGAACCAUCCGCACGUGAACCUAGUGGAAUGGCAGCUGGUGUAUCCGCUCCAGGAAUGGAAACAACAUCCGGAUUGGGUCGUGAACCAUCAGCCCGGGAACCUAGUGGACUGGCAGCUGGUGUAUCCGCUCCAGGAAUGGAAACAGCAUCCGGAUUGGGUCGUGAACCAUCAGCGAGAGAACCGAGUGGACUGGCAGCUGGUGUUUCCGCUCCAGGAAUGGAAACAGCAUCCGGAAUGGGUCGGGAACCGACUGGAGCAGAAUUAGGUCGUGAACCAUCAGCGCGGGAACCUAGUGGACUUGCAGCUGGUGUAUCCGCUCCAGGAAUAGAAACAGCAUCCGGAUUGGGUCGUGAACCAUCAGCGCGGGAACCUAGUGGAGUUGCAGCUGGUGUAUCCGCUCCAGAAAUGGAAACAGCAUCCGGAUUGGGUCGUGAACCAUCAGCGAGAGAACCGAGUGGACUGGCAGCUGGUGUAUCCGCUCCAGGAAUGGAAACAGCAUCCGGAUUGGGCCGUGAACCGACUGGAGCAGAAUUAGGUCGUGAGCCAUCCGCACGUGAACCUAGUGGACUGGCAGCUGGUGUUUCCGCUCCAGGAAUGGAAACAGCAUCCGGAUUUGGUCGGGAACCGACUGGAGCAGAAUUAGGUCGUGAACCAUCAGCGAGAGAACCGAGUGGAUUGGCAGCUGGUGUAUCCGCUCCAGGAAUGGAAACAUCCGGAUUGGGUCGUGAACCAUCCGCACGUGAACCGAGUGGUGUUGGACUUCAAGCUGAUUUAUCAACCACUGGCACUCCCACUACUGAUGUUGGACAAGAUCAAAAAAUGACUAGAAAAAUAGACAUCGAAAUUGAUAUUAUGAGGAAAAAACAAUUAGAAACCGAUUCGGAAUUAGGUCGUGAACCAUCAGCGAGAGAACCUAGUGGACUUGCAGCUGGUGUAUCCGCUCCAGGAAUGGAAACAACAUCCGGAUUGGGUCGUGAACCAUCAGCGAGAGAACCUAGUGGACUGGCAGCUGGUGUAUCCGCUCCAGGAAUGGAAACAGCAUCCGGAUUGGGUCGUGAACCAUCAACGCGAGAACCGAGUGGAAUGGCAGCUGGUAUUUCUGCUCCAGGAAUGGAAACAACAUCCGCAUUGGGUCGUGAACCAUCAGCGCGGGAACCUAGUGGAAUGGCAGCUGGUGUAUCAGCUCCAGGAGUGGAAACAACAUCCGGAUUGGGUCGUGAACCAUCAGCGAGAGAACCUAGUGGACUUGCAGCUGGUGUAUCCGCUCCAGGAAUGGAAACAGCAUCCGGAUUGGGUCGUGAACCAUCAGCGAGAGAACCUAGUGGAAUUGCAGCUGGUAUUUCUGCUCCAGGAAUGGAAACAACAUCCGCAUUGGGUCGUGAACCAUCAGCGCGGGAACCUAGUGGAAUUGCAGCUGGUAUUUCUGCUCCAGGAAUGGAAACAACAUCCGGAUUGGGUCGUGAACCAUCAGCGAGAGAACCUAGUGGAAUGGCAGCUGGUGUAUCUGCUCCAGGAAUGGAAACAGCAUCCGGAUUGGGUCGUGAACCAUCAGCGAGAGAACCUAGUGGACUGGCAGCUGGUGUAUCCGCUCCAGGAAUGGAAACAACAUCCGGAUUGGGUCGUGAACCAUCAGCGAGAGAACCUAGUGGAAUGGCAGCUGGUGUAUCUGCUCCAGGAAUGGAAACAGCAUCCGGAUUGGGUCGUGAACCAUCAGCGCGGGAACCGAGUGGACUGGCAGCUGGUGUAUCUGCUCCAGGAAUGGAAACAGCAUCCGGAUUGGGUCGUGAACCGACUGGAGCAGAAUUAGGUCGAGAACCAUCUGCAAGAGAACCGAGUGGAUUCGGACCUGGUGUUUCCGCUCCAGGAAUUGAAACAGCAUCCGGAUUGGGUCGUGAACCAUCUGACCGGGAACCAAGUGGACUUGUUUCCGGCGUCUCAGCACCAGAAUUGGUAACAUCCGGUUUGGGCCGUGAACCAUCUGGUCGUGAACCUAGUGGACUUGGAGCUGCUGUAACACCUGGAAUGGAAACUUCCAGAUUGGAACGUGAACCAUCUUCUCGAGAACCUAGUGGACUAACCAGUUCUCCUGUUCCCGGCGUUCAAUCUGCUGAUAAGAAAGGCCUUGGUUUAGAUAUAGAAAUUGAAAUACAACGGAAAGCGCGAGAACCGUCAGCAGCACCUGCAGUGGAUGGAACGAUUGUUGGAAGAGAACCUUCCGAUCAACAACCCAGUGGUGUUAUUGUAGCAGAACCAACCACCAGAGAUCCAAGCCAACUAGCUGCCGGUAUAUCUGUAACUGGACGUGAACCGUCUGUUGUUCCUACCGCUUUCACCUCAACGUCAUCAUUAGAACCUAAAAUAGAACCAUAUACUGUUCGAGGUUCCAGUUUGUUAGUGCCUACACAAGAAGGAAUCUAUCCUCCAAUUCGUCGUGAAUUCGAACCACAAGUCGCAUAUCGUCCUUCUGCCGAUCGUUUUGUUGAACAAAUUGGACAGGUCGCCAGCCAGGUUGCCGCAACAACUCGUCAACCAGUGACAAUAACAUUUCGACCAACUAUUGUGAUCAUACAAAAUUUCAUUUCAUUGCCUUUGGAUGUUCUAAAAGCUAGACAAGCUGCAUUUGGCAAUGAACAAAUUGUCAAUAUACAAAACCAAGAAGUUUUCGUCUAUCCAAAUUCCAUAAAUGUCUCGAAUUUAUCGGCAACAUAUUCACAAAAUAUUGAAUCCACUGAACCGUUUCUUCAUUUCAUCGAUUCUUCAACCAACACAACACCGACAGAAAAGAGACAACAAUCGGAAAAACAGUUGCCACAACAGCCGUCACAACAACAAUGAAUUGUUUCAUUCUGGAAAAAUAUAAAAAAUUUUUAGCGAUGAUUUUAUUUGUAACACUAUAAAACAUUCCUCAUUGUUAAAAAAAAAUAUAGAGAAAUUUUCGAUUAUGACAUUUCUAAUUUUCCAGACACACACAAUAACAAUUUAUUGCCAUGGUAACGAGAGCAAUUUCAGAAUGAAAAUAAAAAAUUACUUUCAUUGGCCA